CAUCGGAAAAGCAUCAUGACUUCCACUCUUGCUAGAAUUCAUCAUGAACUAUAUGUACUCCAUCUCCUUCUCCAGGCAUGGCAAAUGAUCACUCGCUAAACACAACGGACGACAUGUCUACUACUAUACAAACCAAGACAAAGUUUGACCCGACAUCCUUCGGGAAGUUGCGGCUAAAGAGCCACGACUCGCUAUUCACGAUAGAUGAUUUGAUCAGGUCUCAUGCUGCAGAGCCGGAAGACUUCACACUGAUUGGAGCACCUGUGACUGGCCUUACUGAUUUCGAGGAGCAUUCCGCUCGCGAUAUCAGCAGAUUUGCAGAUGCGGCGGCAGCUCGACUGCAAGAGAUGGGCCUAAAGCCUGCGGACUCAAACCUAGACGAGUCGCCUAUUGUUGGCAUGCUAUGUAUUUCAGGACUGGACAUGGUUGUUACCCUCCUUGGACUUCUACGACUAGGCUAUGGAGCACUCUUACUCUCGACCAGACUGGCCGCUCCAGCUUACGCUCGAUUGAUGAGCAUGGUGAAUUGCUCCAUCUUGAUCUCCACAGACGUCUUCAAGACCAUUGUUGAUGACGUGGUGACGGAAAGACCUCUCACUCGUUUGUCUCUUUUGCAGCGCACAGAUUAUGUCGGUGUCAAAGCACCUACUUUCCGACGCCAAUACAACCCUACCAAAGAGACCAACAAGAUUGCUGUGGUGAUCCACUCCUCAGGAUCUACAGGUUUUCCGAAGCCAAUCUACCUUCGACAUGCCCAGUGUCUUGCGACAUUUACGCAAAACUUUGGCAUGCGUGCUUUCCUAGCAUCUCCGCUCUUCCACAGUCAAGGAUUCUAUGAAAUGUUCAGGACCAUCUACUCGAAGAAGCCGCUUUACCUUUGCAACUACACGAUACCGCAUACUCGACAAGGCUUGACAGCCCAAUUGCAACACCUCAAGCCCGAGAUUUUUAACUGCGUACCUUACCUGCUAAAGCUGCUAUGCGAGACUGAGGAAGGCAUCAAAGAGCUAGCGAAAGUGAAGCUUGUAUUGUAUGCUGGCAGUGGCUGUCCGGAUGAUGUAGGAGACCUGCUGGUGAGCAAGGGUGUCAAUCUGGUGCAGAAUUAUGGCUGCACUGAGAUUGGUCGCAUCAUGACUUCCUUCAGGUCGCCAGAAGACAAGGAGUGGAACUACUGCCGCCUCAAUCCUCCUGUAUCGGAACAUGUUCUAAUGGACGAGAUAGCACCUGGUGUGUUCGAGUGUGUUGCCCUAGAGAGCCUGAAGACUCGUGUUGCAGUCAACUCUGACGAUCCUCCCAACUCUUUCCGAUCUCGAGAUUUGUUCGCACCUCAUCCGACAAGAUCUAACCUUUGGAAGUACCUGAGCAGACUUGAUGAUCGCUUGACGCUUGUGAAUGGCGAGAAGGUUUUGCCGUUACCACUUGAGGGUCGUAUUCGUCAAGACCGACUGGUUCAGGAGGCUGCAGUGUUUGGAAUUGGUCGAAGCGUACCCGGUGUUAUCGUCUUCCGCUCUUCCGAUGCAAAGGAUAUGUCUGAUGACGAAUUCUUCCAGGCAGUCUGGCCUGCAGUCGAAGAUGCCAACGCUAGAGCGGAAAGCUUCUCUCGUGUACCGAAGGAACUCAUCGUGCUCGUCGCAGCAGACACUGAAUAUCCAAAGACCGACAAGGGUACCUUCAUCAGGGCCAAAAUCUACGAACAAUUCAAGGAUGAGAUUGAACAGGUCUACAGCGACUUUGAGAACGGCCAAAUCGGUGAUAUGACUCUCGAGGUUCCUGAGCUUGAGAAGUGGCUCCUGAAAGAGUUCAAGGAAGAGCUAGGCGUUGCACUGGAGCUUGACACCGACUUUUACCAAGCUGGCAUUGACAGUCUGCAGUCGACAAGAAUGUGGUCAAGCAUCAAGAAACAGAUUGAUCUUGGAGGCAACCACGCAUCUCUUAGCCGAAAUGUGUUGUAUGAGACGGCCAACAUCAGAGGGCUUGCUCUGCAUCUCCACUCUUUAAGGACCGGCGAGAGCAAGGAUCAAGAGGAUGAAAUUGCUGUUAUGGAUCAGCUCAUCACAAAGUACUCUAACUUCAAAGAGCAUGUACCAAGUGAGGCGUCCACAGACGGCAAGAACGUCAUUCUUCUCACCGGAGCUACUGGCACAGUCGGCAUACACAUUUUGACAAAGCUCGUCAGGCAAGAGAAUGUGUCAGCUGUAUGGGCGAUUGUGCGAGCAUCUUCCGUCCCUCAGGCAUUUCAGAGGAUCUCCGACGCGCUCAGCUCACGCGGUCUGUCUCUCACCGAGUCCGAGACAGCCAAGAUUGUACCCAUCCUGGGUGAUCUAAGCAAAACCGAUCUCGGCUUGGAUAGUGAUACUCUAGAGAAGUUACAGUCUCAGCUCACCCAUGUAAUACACAGUGCCUGGGCUGUCAACUUCAAUCUCGGCGUCAAGAGUUUCGAAGACCAGCACAUCAAGGGAGCGCAUAACCUGAUCCAGCUAUGUCUGUCAACCAAGACACCCAAGCCUGCAAAGUUCUUCUUCUGCUCUUCUGUCUCAUCAGCAGCAGGAACGCCACUUGAUCAGAGCAUCAAAGAAGGUUCUGUGCCGCAGCUUGAAUAUGCUCAAGGAACAGGCUAUGGCAGAUCAAAGCUCGUGACUGAACGCAUUGUUCAAAACGCCAUGGAGAGCACCGGAAUAUACGCUAGAGUCUUGCGACUCGGCCAGAUCGCUGGUGACAGCGAGCGAGGACAAUGGAACACGACUGAGGCCAUCGCUUUGAUGAUCCAGACAGCCACCACUAUCGAGGCUCUCCCAACGCACAACGAAGAGCUCUCUUGGCUGCCAGUUGACCUUGCAGCAUCCGUCGUUGCAGAACUCUCUGGUAUUGCCCAGCCAAUCCCAGAAGCCCGUUUGAAAGAUAACACCCUCGUCUACAACAUACAGAACCCGACAGUGUAUCACUGGACCCGCGACAUACUUCCCGCUCUCCACAAAGCUGGCCUGGAUUUUGAUGAAGUAUCGCCUAAAGAAUGGGUUCAGCGACUGCGUGCAGGCGAUCAAAAUCCAGAGACCAAUCCGCCUGUCAAGUUGACGGACUUCUUUGCCGGGAGAUAUGGAAAUGUUGCCGAGGAUGCGCCAAUGAAGAGUGCGGGUCGUUAUGAGACUGUUCAGACGUGUAAGGAUAGCGGAACCAUGGCCACGAUUCCAGAUUUGAUCGAGUCCGGCAUGGUGGCCAAGUUUGUGAAGGCUUGGGCGAAGGAGUGGGGUGUCACUUUGGCGAAGUGAGGUCUUUCCAAGAUGUAUUUAGAUCUCUGAAUUUUAAUUCACGAUAACUGUG